AUGAUAGUUUGUUUAGUAUUACAAUUUAUUUUAUUAAUAUGUAUUAAUAUAUUAUUAGCUCAAGAUACAAAUAAUUGUAAAAAUGAGAUGAAUAAAUUUUUUGAACAUAAUGAAGAUGUACAAAUAUUAAAUAUUUAUAAAAAUCUUAAUUUUUCAAUUAAUAAUUCAGAAUUUAGAGAAGGAUACUAUGAUUUAGAAUAUACAAAUGAUGAAAUAUUAAAUAAAAAAAAGUUAGAUGUUAUUCUUAUACCACAUUCUCAUUGUGAUGCUGGUUGGUUGCAAACAUAUGAAAGUUACAGUUAUCAAACAGAUAAAAUUCUCCAAAAUGCCCAAAAAUAUUUACCUAUGUAUGAUAAGAUGAAAUUUAUCUAUGCUGAGAUGGGUUUUUUUGAAAUUUAUUGGAGUAAAUUAAAUAAUAAAGAUAAAGAUAGAGUAAAAAAAUUAAUUCAUUCAGGAAGAUAUGAAAUAGUAACUGGUGGAUGGGUACAAAAUGAUGAAGCUAAUUCAUUUUAUUAUGGUAUAUUAAUGCAAUUAAUAGAAGGACAUGAAUUUUUAAAAAAUCAUCUUGAUUAUAAACCAAAAAAUCAUUGGUCAAUUGAUCCAUUUGGAUUAUCAACAACAAUGGCAUAUAUUAUGAAAAAUUCUGGUUUAAAUAAUGCUGUUAUUAGUAGAACUCAUUAUAUGAUAAAAAAAAUAUUUUCUCAAGAAAAGUUGUUUGAAUUUAAUUGGAGACAAUUAACUGGUGGAAAAGAAAAAGAUGAUUUAUUUACACAUGUUUUACCAUAUGAUGGAUAUCUUUUUUAUGAACAUUGUGGACCUAAUUCUACUAUUUGUUGUAGUUUUGAUUUCUUAAGACUUCAUGCAUAUUCAUGUCCAAAAAUAAAACCAACUCCAAUAACCAAAGAAAAUAUUAAUGAAAAAUCAGAAAUAAUUGGUGAUCAAUUUAGAAAAAGAGGUCUUCUUAUGAAUAAUAGUGCAACUUUUAUACCAUUAGGAUAUGAUUUUGCCUGGUCAUUUCCUUCAGAAUGGGAAGAUCAAUAUGUUAAUUUUCAAGCUAUUUUUGAUUAUAUUAAUAAAAAUGAUAAAUUUAAUAUGAAUAUUCGAUGGGGAACAUUACAAGAUUAUUUUGAUACAGUUCAUAAUAAUAUAAAAGAAUUAAAUCAACAACCAAAAACUUUGUCAGGAGAUUUUUUUACUUAUUCAGAUAAAGAACAAAGAUACUGGUCAGGAUAUUAUGUUACAAGACCAUUUCAUAAACGUUUUGAAAGACUUUUAGAACAUUAUCUUAGAGCAGCAGAUAUAAUUUAUAGUUCUGUUUUAAUUAAGAAUGGUCCUGUUAAUAAUUUAAAUUAUAAUCUUAUUGUAAAAUCACGAAGAACAUUGGCAAUAUUUCAACAUCAUGAUGGAAUAACAGGUACAUCUAAAAGUAAUGUAAUGGAUGAUUAUAGAGACAAAUUGUUUAAUGCUGUCAAAAACUGUUAUGAAGUUAUUGAAAAAAGUAUUUCAUAUAGUAUAAAUUAUAAUAAUAGUGUUGAAAUAAUUAAUAAAAUUAAAUCAUCAAAAAGUUAUGAAGAAAAUAAUAUAAUUAUUGAAAAUAAAACAAUUAUUAUUAUGAAUCCAUUAGGACAGGAAAAAAAUAAAAUUGUUUGUUUAAAAGUUCCAUCAACUGAUUAUUAUAUUCUUAAUGAUGAUUGGAGAAUUCCUCAACAAGAAUAUCAUCCUGUUAUAGAAAAUUUAAAUAAUACAAAAGAAAUUGAUUUAGAUGUUAGUGGAUUUAAUUUAUGUUUUGAAGUUUUACUUCCUCCAAUUGGAUUAGUUUCAUAUAAAAUUGAAAAAGGUAUCAUGUAUAAACCUCCAAUAGCAGAAAUUAAUGUUUUAAAAGCUAAAGUUAAAAGUGGUGUUUUUAAAAUAUCAAAUGAAAAUAAAAAUAAUAAAAUAAGUAAUUCUUUUAUAGAUAUUAUAUUUAAUCCUAAAACAGGAUUUAUUGAUUCAAUUAAUGGUACUAAGAUAGAUUUACAUUUUGGAAAAUAUGGAAUGUCAUCAAAAGGUACACCAUCUGGAGCAUAUAUAUUUAAUCCUGAUGGUCCAUCAAAAAGAAUAAAUGAAGAUGAUAAUAUAUUUAUUGUAUCAAAAGGAAUAUUAAAAUCAACAGUUUUUGUUAAAGGUUCCAAUGAAAUAAAUUUAUAUCAUACAUAUGAAAUCAACAAAUUUGAUAAAUCUAUUUCUAUUCAAAAUUCAAUUGACAUAUCAUCUUUGAAAGAUUUUGAAUUAGUUAUGAAAUUUAAUACAUCAAUUAAUAAUAGAGACAUUUUUUAUACAGAUUUAAAUGGUUUUCAAAUUAUAAAAAGAAGAUAUCUACCUGAAAUGCCAAUUCAAGGAAAUUUUUAUCCAUUCCCUAGUAUGAUGUAUAUUGAGGAUAAAAAUAAAAGAUUAAGUAUUGUGACGGGGCAACCAUUAGGAGUUUCAUCAUUAAAUAAUGGUGAAAUUGAAAUUUUAAUUGAUAGAAGAAGUACACAUGAUGAUGAAUGUGGUAUGGGUGAAGGGAUUCAAGAUACUUUAAAAGCUUGGUCUAAAUUUUCAAUAGUAUUGGAAGAUUUUAUAGAUAAUCAGAUAAAUAUAAAUGCUCUUACAGGUUUUGUUUCUAGAUUGACACAUAAUUCUUUACAUUCAUUAUUAUAUCCACCUAUAAUAAUGACAACAUCAGGAAUGAUUAAUUUAAAUAAUGUCACAAAUUUUUCAAUGUUCAAAAAAGAACUUCCAUGUGAUAUUCAUCUUGUAAUGGCACGAUCAAUGCUAAAAAAAGAAGAUUAUGAUAAAAAAGAUAAAAACAAAGAAGUUAUUAGGGAACCAACUAAUGAAGUAGCCUUUAUUUUUAAUCGUUUUAUUGAUGAUUGUCGGAUUUAUGACAAAAAUAACAAUAAUAAAAUUUGUAAAGAUAACCAAACAGGAUAUUUAAACUUUACUCACUAUUUUAAUAUUAAUUAUAAAUCAAUAAAUGAUGCUUCAUUAACCCUAUUAAACAUUUCAAAUCAAACAAUUUCCGAUAUGAUUAUCGGAAAGCAGGAAAUAAAAAGUAUCAAAAUAACUAUAUAA